UCAGUUGCAACCAGUUCUUCGCCAAUCAAUUCCUCACGGGCCGUGUUUGUUUUAAGUUAAAAUUAGUAAAUUACCCAAUGCAAUCAGCUUGCCAGGCGAUCUGUGGUGUGCACCUUGACAAUCGUGUGCUAAUGCAAACCGUUAAAAUGCCAAAAACCAACGGACGUUGAAUAAUCGCUGCCAAUCGCGCAAAAUGCAUUUUUAGCAGCAUCAACAACAACCGCAACAGCAACAGCAACCGCAACAGCAUUAGCAGCAACAACGCUUCAACGACAGCAACAACAAUAUUAUUAACAACAAAUCAUCUGAAGAAACCGAGGGAAAACGUUCAAAGUUUUGGAGUUGCACACUGGCCGCUUAGUUUUUUGUUUAUUUUUUAUGUUCGUUUUUGGAGGGCACUAGGAGUCGGGCAAAGGAAAAGGAAAAGCGACGACGAGAAACAGGACACAACUCAUCAAUAUUCGAAAAAGCAAUUGAGUCGAGGCAUCAAUUCAUCAAUUAUUCAAAAUGACCGAAGACGAAAUUCUCUUUGACGACGUCUACGAGCUGUGCGAGGUCAUUGGCAAAGGACCCUUCUCCAUCGUGAGGCGAUGCAUACACAGGGAGUCCAAUCAGCAGUUUGCCGUCAAAAUCGUUGAUGUGGCCAAGUUCACAGCGAGUCCUGGACUGAGCACAGCGGAUCUGAAGCGCGAGGCCACAAUAUGUCACAUGCUAAAGCAUCCGCACAUUGUGGAGCUGCUGGAGACGUACAGUUCCGAGGGAAUGCUCUACAUGGUCUUCGAGUUCAUGGAGGGCUCCGACUUGUGCUUCGAGGUUGUGCGGCGUGCUGUUGCCGGUUUUGUCUACAGCGAGGCGGUUGCUUGUCACUAUAUGCGGCAAAUCCUGGAGGCACUGCGCUAUUGUCACGAGAACGACAUCCUGCACAGGGAUGUGCGUCCUGCCUGCGCUCUCCUCGCGACCGUCGACAACUCGGCGCCGGUGAAACUUGGCGGCUUCGGAUCGGCCAUUCAGUUGCCCGGCACCCGGGAAACCAUAGAAACACACGGACGGGUAGGAUGCCCGCAUUACAUGGCGCCAGAGGUGGUGACCAGGCGGCUUUACGGCAAAGGCUGCGAUGUUUGGGGUGCCGGAGUGAUGCUGCACGUCCUGCUCUCCGGCAGAUUGCCCUUCCUGGGAUCCGGAGUGAGGUUGCAGCAGUCAAUAGCUCGCGGCCGAUUAUCGUUUGAAGCACCGGAGUGGAAGUCAAUCUCGGCGAACGCCAAGGAUUUAGUUAUGAAAAUGCUGGCCGCCAAUCCACAUCACAGACUCUCCAUCACCGAGGUGCUGGAUCACCCAUGGAUACGGGACCGGGAUAAACUGCAGCGCACUCACCUGGCGGACACGGUGGAGGAAUUGAAGCGCUACAAUGCCCGACGCAAGCUCAAGGGUGCUGUUCAGGCCAUCGCAGGAGGCACCAACAUGGAUCCGCUAUACGCCACCGAUGCGGACAUGCCCAUAGCCGGCGCCACGGACGAGUGGGCCGACGAGGAGGCGGGCAUCGAGGCGGUGCAGCGCAUCCUGGACUGUCUGGACGACAUCUACUCGCUGCAGGACGCGCACGUUGAUGCCGAUGUGCUGCGGGACAUGCUGCGCGACAACAGGCUGCACCAGUUUCUGCAGCUGUUCGACAGGAUCGCGGCGACAGUGGUGACCAGCAAUGGUAGAGCACCGGCCGCCGAGGCCGUGGGCCGAUGUCGCGAUGUCCUGGAGCUGCUCUCGUCGACGUCCGGCGGCAAUUCACUGGGCGGCAAGUAUGCCAAGGACGAGCUGAUGCAGCUCCUGGCCGCCCCCCACAUGCAGGCUCUGCUCCAUAGCCACGAUGUGGUGGCCCGGGAUGUCUACGGGGAGGAGGCGCUGCGCGUCACCCCGCCCCCCAUGGUGCCCUACCUCAAUGGCGACGAGCUGGACAACGUCGAGGGCGGCGAACUGCAGCAUGUGACCCGGGUGCGACUGGUGCAGUUCCAGAAGAACACGGACGAGCCCAUGGGCAUCACGCUGAAGAUGACCGAGGACGGGCGGUGCAUUGUGGCCAGGAUUAUGCACGGCGGGAUGAUUCAUCGCCAGGCCACGCUGCACGUGGGCGACGAGAUACGGGAGAUCAACGGCCAGCCGGUGCAGCACCAGUCGGUUGGCCAAUUGCAACGAAUGCUGCGCGAGGCACGCGGUUCUGUUACCUUCAAGAUAGUUCCUUCGUACCGCAGCGCUCCGCCCCCCUGCGAGCUUUUCAGGAUCAGACCCGCUCCGGUGCUUAUAUUCGUGCGCGCCCAAUUCGAUUAUAAUCCGCUGGAUGAUGAGCUUAUACCCUGCGCCCAGGCGGGCAUAUCGUUCCAAGUGGGCGACAUACUGCAGAUCAUUAGCAAGGACGAUCAUCACUGGUGGCAGGCGCGACUGGACACGGUGGGCGGAUCGGCCGGACUGAUACCGUCGCCGGAGCUGCAGGAGUGGCGGAUCGCCUGCCAGACGGUCGACAAGACCAAGCAGGAGCAGGGAGAACCGGGUGCUGGAUGUUCCGCUCACGCAGAUGGGUGUGAUGGAUCAGCAGUGAACUGCUCCAUCUUCGGGCGCAAGAAGAAGCAAUGCCGGGACAAAUAUCUGGCCAAGCACAAUGCCAUCUUCGACACGCUCGAUGUGGUCACGUACGAGGAGGUUGUCAAGGUGCCAGUUGGCGACCCGAACUUUCAGCGCAAGACGUUGGUGCUCUUGGGUGCUCAUGGAGUCGGCAGGCGGCACAUCAAGAACACCUUGAUAUCGAAGUAUCCCGACAAGUACGCCUAUCCCAUACCACAUACAACGAGACCUGCCAAACCCGAGGAGGAGAACGGACGCAGCUAUUACUUUGUCUCGCACGAUGAAAUGAUGGCGGACAUCGGCGCGAAUGAGUACUUGGAAUACGGCACCCAUGAGGACGCCAUGUACGGCACCAAGUUGGACACCAUCCGGCGGAUUCACACCGAGGGUAAGAUGGCCAUAUUGGAUGUGGAGCCGCAGGCACUGAAGAUACUCCGCACGGCUGAGUUCACGCCCUACGUCGUGUUUAUAGCGGCGCCCUCACUGCAGAACAUAGCAGAUUACGACGGCAGCCUGGAGCGACUGGCCAAGGAGUCGGAGAUGCUGCGCCAGCUGUACGGUCACUUUUUCGAUCUGACGAUUGUGAACAACGACAUUAGCGAGACGAUUGCCACGCUGGAGACGGCCAUCGACCGGGUGCACACCACCCCGCAGUGGGUGCCCGUGUCCUGGCUGUACUGACAAGACAGCGAACUGGAAUGCCCCGACUGCCUCGAGGGCUGUGACUGCGAGUGGGACGCCUACACGCAGGCCUCCAACGUAGCCCUGUACUGAGGCACACAUGCAGAUGCAGAUACAGAUGCAGAUGCGCACGACGAUGCAGAUACACGCCACAUCACGACACCACCACACCAUUAAAGUAUUACCAAGGCACAAGCAACAGCAACAGCAACUGAAGAAGCAACACAGCAACCACUACGAGAGAUGACAGUCAGGACUGGAGGAUAGAAGGCGCCUGGCGCCGAGCUAUAUAAUUUAAGAAUAAAUGGGUAUUAUGGGAACUGCGGUCGCAACGCAACGCAACGCAAUGACAAAACGUGUGUGUUAAACGACAGACAACCAAUUGUAUUUGCCUCUUUUAUAUUUUGUUUUCUGUUUUAACAGUAUGUUUAUUUUGUAUUAAUUUUAACUUGUAUUGUAUUUCUAUUUGCCAUUCCAUGCUCAAUGUGUUAUAUUUUACGAUUAUUGUUUUGUUGUAUUUGUUUUGUUCAUUUUAUGCAUUUAGUCAAAACAGCAUUAAACGCUUAUGUAAAUCUUGCACUUGUUAGUGUCUAAGUUAACUGGAGUUAGACAAAUCGAAACCGAAGCACUCCAAAUUGUUUUUACCUAACGAUUAUUUCCGGUAAGAGUCUUGUGUGCGCAGGUAGGGCGUUGAACGAGUUAGUAAAUUAUAGAAAAACUACGUAAUUAAAUAUAAAUAAACAUAGACACAAGGAGACACAACUCAGCAAAAAGAACACGAAUAACAGAAGAAAAAAAAUAAACAAAUUACGAUGUGAGCAA